CUUCCCUCCUCUCCUCCCCUUCACCAUCUUCAUCUCCAUUCACGCUGCUCAUUUGAGCAUCGUAGCGACAAUGGGCAAGCAAACAGACGUUCGCCCGCCCUCGCCGGGCUUGGGCGACACCUAUGACCAGCAACUCCUCGCCAAAUUGGGGUACAAACAGGAACUGCGCCGGUCGUACUCGACGCUGCAGAUCUUCGCCAUCGCAUUUAGCAUCAUGGGCCUGGUGCCAUCGAUCGCGUCCACAAUCCCGUUUUCGUUGCCUGCCGGGCCGGCGGGCAUGGUUUGGGGCUGGCUCACUGCCAGCAUCCUCAUCUUCACCGUCGGGCUGGCCAUGUCAGAUAUGGCGUCGUCUAUGCCGACGGCCGGCGGGUUCUACUGGUGGACGCACUACUUUGCAGGCAAGAAGUUCAAGCGACCGCUGAGCUUUCUGGUGGGAUAUAGCAAUACGCUCGGGUUGAUUGGGGGCAUUUGCUCGGUUGAUUACACGCUCUCGCUGCUCAUUCUCGCCUGCAUCUCGAUUGCGCGCGACGGCAACUGGUCUGCCAGCAACGGGAUAAUCUACGGCCUCUACGCCGGCCUGAUCCUCGUCCACUCCGUCGCCACGAUCGUCACGAGCAACAUCAUGCCGCGCAUCCAGACCGCCUGCAUCUUCAUCAACGUUGGCCUCAUAAUCGCGACCGUGGUCGCAUUGCCCGUCGGCAAGGUCACUCGCGGCGGGACCCUGAAUUCCGGCUCUUUUGUCUUCGGACACAUCGACAAUCUCUCCAACUGGCCGACGGGCUGGAACUUCGUCCUGGCGUUCAUGUCGCCCAUCUGGGCGAUUGGCUUCUUCGAUUCCUGCGUGCAUAUGAGCGAGGAGGCGAGGGAUGCGCCCAAAGCCGUGCCCCGCGGCAUCCUCUUCAGCGCAGGGAGUGCGUGCUUGUUAGGCUUUCUGGUACUGAGUGUCCUGGCCGCGGUCAUGGAUCCGGAUGUCGCCAAAACGGCGGGGACUGUCUAUGGGCAGCCGAUGGCACAGAUCUACUAUGAUUCUCUCGGCAAACGUGGCGCGCUAGGCUUCAUGGCCGUGCUGAUCCUUAUCCAGUUCUUGAUCGGGCUGAGCUUGAUCGUGGCAGCCUCCCGCCAGGUCUUCGCUUUCAGCCGCGACUACGCGCUCCCCUUCUCUCCCAUUCUACGCAAAAUCACCUCGCUGAACGGGCAACCCCAGCCGAUCAACGCGAUCGUCUUUCUCGGUGGGAUCUGCGUGAUCUUCGGCCUACUGGCGCUGAUCAACAGCGUCGCAGCGAACGCGCUCUUCUCGCUCUUUGUCGCCUCGAACUACGUGGCUUGGGGCACGCCGAUUCUGUGCCGGCUCAUCUGGAGUAAGAGGUUUGUCCCGGGGGCGUUCUAUACCGGCCCGAAAGUCAGCAGCAUUAUUGCCGGCAUCGCGGUGGCAUGGCUGGGCUUUGGCUUGUUGUUAAGCAUGUUUCCAACGGUCAAGAAUCCUGGACCCGCAGAAAUGAAUUACACCGUCGUGAUUAAUGGGUUCGUCUGGAUUGCUAGCAUGUUGUAUUAUGCGGUUUACGCCCGCAAGGUUUUUACUGGGCCAAGGGUAACCCUUGCCGAGGGAGAGGGUGUCUCUUCGUCAUUUAUUGGCACACAGGCGGAGGCAGCAAGGGAGGUGAACAACGAGAAAGAGGUCGGUACAGAUACAUCCCCGGCUGGAUAAUGGGAUACAGCGCAGCAACACACCGUGAAGAAAGAAACGGAGGCUGUCUAAUGACCGGAACCGAGACUGCGUCUGAUAGAGUGAAGAUAGUGAAACCGACCCUGUCAUAAAGUACUGGAAUGGAAUAGAGAUACUCUACGCGAGGGGGCUCUGAAAGGAGC